AUGAAGGACAAGAAGGCGAGCUCCGUGGAGCACCACUUCCUCAUCAACCCGCUGCACUCGCAGUAUGAGGAGGAGCUGGAUCGGAUUCGGACCGAGGGCGACCUCACGUUGAUCAAGGCGCAGACGGAGAGGAAGAAGCUCGUCGAGCUGGAGGCCAAACUGGCGCAGGCCCACAAGCAGCUCCGAGAGCGGAAGAAGACCGCCAACCAGGGAGAAAAGAGACCGGGGACCGCAGAUACUACGAAGACCAAGAGGCUCUUCACUGCCGUGGCGAUGUCGAGCAGCAAAGAGGCUGCCAAGCAGCAGCUGCCGACGAUUCCGCAGGUGGAGAAGGAGCAGGAGACCAGCGCCAAAAGACCGUCCACUGCUACUACUGCGGCUACUACAGCAGCUAGUGGCAGGAUGUUGCAGACAGAGGAGCGACUAAAAGUUGCAGUAGCGGAGCGCAACUUUGAGCUGCACAAGCUUCGACGUGCGAUCGAUGAGACCAGACGGAAGCGCCUGGACGCGCUGGCCGCCGAGAAGGAGAUGCUAAAGGAGAUCCAGCAGGACGAAGAGGACAUGAGAGCGGCGCAAGCUGAGAUUGCUGAGCUGAAGCAGCAGGGGAUGGAGUUGAAGAGCGAAAUCGCUGCUACGAAGCAGGAGUUUGACACGGAGAAGCAGGCGUUCCGACUGGAGCGGCAGAGGCUGCUGCUGGAGGUGGAGGAGAUCGUGAAGGUGGAGAAGCAGGGAACUCAAGACCAACCUGCACCCAAAUACAGCAUGUUCCACAACAACAUUGCCCAGCGCCGAAAACAACACGCGAGAUCGUGCAAGUGGAAGAAGGAGAAUCUGGAGCAAAAGAUCGUGUCUUUCGAGCAGAAGAAACGGGUCCUAGACCGCAUCGUAGAGGAGACGAACGUAAAAAAUCUGAGCGAGUUCAUCCAGAAGUACAACGAGCAAGAGCGCACCAAGGCAGACGUGUUCGCUCGGAUCGAAGCUCAGACUGCAGCAAGUACGUUCCUCGUCUUCUUUUGCUUGUGUAGGGGACACAAUAGCUAA